AUGGUCACCAUUGAGACCGGCUCUUCCAACAUGCUGGAGUCCCCCAGGGACUGGCCUGAGUGGUAUGCAGAGCUCAAAUGGCACGCUUGGGCGUUAGGGCUUUGGAAGGAAUGCAAUCCGGACCUCCCCGGCAUUGAGGAGGAGGAUGCUGAGCCAGUUGCUCCCACAUACGAUGCCGCACUUGAAAAGCUUCGCAAGCAACGGGCCGCCGAGCACGACGAUUCCAAGGGCGAAGUACCAGAACCUUCCCUGGAAGAGGUGGAUGCUCUGUACGACCGCAUGCGUGAAGACUACAUCAUGCUUGCCACCUUCCGGCAGAACGAGAUCAUGAGACGGCUGGCUCUCAUCAAUUGGAUCAGCCGCUCUGUUUCUCGGCCUCUGCUCAACGCUGCACGCAUCGCCAUUUGGGACAAGAAGCUCGGCAGCAACCGCGCUCUCAUCCGGGUAAGGCAUUCCUAA